GGCUUCUCUGCUCGUAAGUCGCUCGUUUCCGUGGCUUCUGUGAGGCGAAAAGUUUAAAAAGGGUAAAAGUUUUAAAGAAUAUUCUGGAACUCUGUUGGUAAGCCUAGCGAGUUUCCAUUUUUUCUCCGCAGCAGACGUCGAUACCGCGGUUCCGGGUGAGGCGGGGAGGAUGCGGCCCUUGGACAUCGUCGAGCUGGCGGAGCCGGAGGAGGUGGAAGUGCUGGAGCCCGAGGAGGAUUUCGAGCAGUUCCUGCUCCCAGUCAUCAACGAGAUGCGGGAGGACAUCGCGGCCCUCACCCGGGAGCACGGGAGAGCCUACAUGCGGAACAGGAGCAAGCUGUGGGAGAUGGACAAUAUGCUCAUCCAAAUAAAAACGCAGGUGGAGGCGUCGGAGGAGAGCGCCCUGAACCAUCUGCAGAACCCCAACGAUGGAGUGGAGGGCAGAGCGGCCAAGAGGUGCGAGAAGGCCGAGGAGAAGGCCAAGGAGAUCGCGAAGAUGGCAGAGAUGUUGGUGGAGCUGGUGCGGCGGAUAGAGAGAAGCGAGUCGUCCUGAAGGAGCGCGGGCGGUUGACAGCCAACGGAUUCUGGUCAACUGAUGGAGAUUGGCUGACAUCCUUGAGAAGCUGAAACCAGAGAGCCUUUUGUUUUCUCUUUUUUUUUUUUUUUUUUUUCCCCUCUGUCUACACUCUGUCCUCACUUACACUACGUUUCUGCUAUGGUCUGUGGUUGACGACCUCAAGAUAAGUUCUGUUAAAUGUUUUUUGUUUGGGGAAGUAACUUUUAUUUGGAAGAUGCUCUCACACGAGAAUUAGGGCCUAGAUUGUAAGCUCUUGCAGCAGUCACAUUUGUUCCUGGGCUUUGGUUAUUUCUAAAUUUUGAGGUGCUUUGUGCUUUCUUGUGUGACUUGAUAGCUCCCUGGAACUUUGAGUCUGUGUCCACGUGAGACUCAAGAGCUGGGGUUUUCCAGCUCUGGAGGUGCUGAAGGAGCGGCGUUACUUCUAGAAGAUUACUUCAUGCAGCAACUGCUAAAGAAGCUGAAGAAGAAGGGACCAGACUUCAACUGGAAAUGUGAAUGGAGCUGAUCUGGCUAGAACUGAUGAAUCAGAAGGCAGCGCGUGGCGGAUGGUAGUGUCUGUGUUUUGGGACUCUGAUUUCUGUGUGAGACCAAAGGAGAAGAGAUGUAUUUUGUUCAAAAUUUAAAUUUUAUGUGGCACGCUAUCUGAUGUAACCUGUCUGGUCAGUUUGUUUGGACAACGCAACUCAGCUUUAUUUGAUGUGGAACCUAGAAUAGGAGACAAGAUCUCGGUUUUGUACAAGUUGAUGUAAUACUCUGAUGCAUUUCAGGGGAUUCCGGGCAUAAAAUGGAAAAGAGAUUUGCAAAGGCUCUUGAGGGGCUGGGAAAGGAAAGGAGGACUGUCUGCAUUGGACCCUAAACUGGACAGGGACUAGGUAUUUUUGAAGUUCAUAAGUCGUCCUGCUAUAAGUUCAUUUGAGUAGCAGACCUGACAAGUAUUUGAGGUCAAAACCCUACCAUGUGUAAUAAAAAGGAAAAAAAAAAUGACCAUGUUAAUAAAAGUGUUCAUUUGCUUGAAAAGACAAAAGACCUAAAAA